UCCCAUGACUGGAUACCGGUGGGAAAACGAAACUGUUUGUCAAGAAGUGAACUCGUUGUACUAGAGAUUUCAGAGUACCAAACCAUGUAGCCUAGUCCAAGGAAGCAAUCUCCUAAUCAGAUGCCCUGUAGGUCUUUGACCAUUUCAACAUGACAAGAGUUAGUGGGCCUGUAUUUUUCCUGUGUGGUCAAAGAUGGUCAGUGAAUGGCCUAACUGCUGUGAUUGUUUUCCUCACCAUCUUCAGUAAUGAGUUUCUUGUCUACAUUAUACAGAGUUUUAGAUGGCCGAACCUGCCAGUAGGUUCUAGGGAUUCCAGUGAAACACAGGUGAUACUAUUGGUGGCUGAUCCACAAAUACAGGGCUAUCAGGAUGAACCAGGCUUUCCUGUUGGGAUUAUCUCCAGAUGGGACAUAGACAGAUACCUCAGCCAGACAUUUUCCUUGGCACAUGCAUAUGCCAAGCCGGACGUGGUCGUUUUUCUAGGCGAUUUGAUGGACGAGGGAAGUAAAGCAACCAAAGAUGAGUACAAAUCCUACUACUACAGGUUCCUCAGUGUAUUUGGUGCGUCAGAGAAGGACAAG